AUGGUGAGGAGAAUAAGUGGAAAAACCUACUUACACACUCCUAUUGGACAAGCUAUAUUUGUAGAAGAAUUUCUAUACAUAGCUGAUCAAGACCAAAACCCACAUCCCCAAGAUGCUACCUUUGACCCAAAACAGUUGAAGGCAUUGAAGGACUUCCAGUACAUGACAAAAAUGAAGGAAAGUAUAGAGGGCUGA